AUGGUUCGAUCACUCUUAUCAAUACUUAUUCUUAUCCUUCUUCCAAUUACGUUGCUUAUCGGAAUUAUCUUUCGAUAUAGUGUUAUAUCAUUUAUUUAUGCUUUUUUAUUAUUGAUUCUUCCAUGGCUUGGUCCUUUAACUGAAAAACAUAUUCGAACACGUUUUCGUCUAUUCAUAUUGGUUAUUGGCUUUCUGAGUUUGCUCACAGUUCUUGCUCAAAUUAUAUUUCAAUCUGUUCUUCUUGCUAAUAAACCCUAUGGUCAUACUCUUAAUAAUUGUACUGAAAUAACUCGAGUUCUUCGAUAUUUUGGUUUAGAACGGUAUGUUAUAAAUCAAUAUAUUCUUUUAAAUAUAUUUUUUUUUUGUUUAAGUCUCGAUAAUUCAAAUGCUAUUCGUAUCUUACGUUUAAUCUUUCCUGAUAUAAUUAUCUUAGCUAUAUCAAUAAUUUGUUUCGUUAUUAUUCGACGUCAAUUAUUAUCAACAAGAAAUCGUGAAACAAAUGAACCUCUAACAUCACAAACAAUAUCACCAUUAACAAAUAGUAGUAUUAGUACAACAAGUCAAACGAAAUUAUGGCCAAGAUUAUUAUCUAUAUUAAGACGAGCACGUUUAUUUCUUCAGUUUGUUAUUGUUGGUUUUGCUGCAUUUGUUUAUCCGAGUAUAAUUAAUUCAAUAUAUUUUAUUUUUUUUCUUACACUUGCUUUUAUUUGGUCAUUAUCGGUUAAUUUUGGAAGAAAAUAUGCAUUAGCUCGAACAUUAUUAUCUAUUUAUGCAGGUGUACAUUUAUUAAUUUUCUAUCUUUAUCAAUUCGGAUUUUUUCAAGAUGUUUUACAACCUUUAUCAUUAUGGAGCAAUAUUACAGGUUUAACAGCAAUUUUUAUAAAUAAUUGUACGAAUCAAGAACCAUAUUUUGAAAAGAAAUUAAUAUGGACUGAUUAUGUUAAUCCAUGUGCAUUACUUAUUCUUUAUUUUUAUUUUGCUUUUGAAACAAAUCAAACACUUUUCCAUAGAAUACGAUCGAAUAUAACAGCGAUUCAAUCACUUGAACAACAGAGUUUGGUUAAUAGUGCUGAUGGUCGCGAAACACUUGAGCAAAGUUCACCAAUAUUACAUCGACGAUGGAGUGUAGAACAACCUGGUGAUCAAACAUGGCAAGGACGAAUUAUUUUCGUCGUUUUUUCUAUUCUUCGCGUACUCGAACGACACAGUUAUUUAUUAUCAUUACUGGCUAUGUUGGCAUGGAGUAUAACAUUUCAUAGUUUAUUAACAUUAGUCUAUCUUCUAUGGGCAUGUUUACUUUGGGUAUUACCUAAUUCUCGACAAUGGUGUUUGAGAAUGAGUCCAUUUUUUACAAUUUAUGGAGGAACAUUAUUAAUUUUACAAUAUUUAGUUGGUUUUAAAAUUAGUUUUAAUCAAUUAAAUUUUGCAUAUGAUCGUCGAACUAUGGAACAAAUUGGUAUUCGUAUAGAUGAUUUUCAACCAGCUUUUAUUCCAUUACUUCUUAAAUCCUUUUAUAUGAUGUUUUUUUGGUUAACACUUCGACAAUAUAUUAACGAGAAACGAAAUACUAAUACACGAUUAAAUGAAGUUAUAGAAUUAACUCGUCGAAGUAGUGCAUCGAAUGAUUCAUAUCCUCGACGAUUAGGACGAUGGUUAAUUAAUUUGUUAACAAAAUAUUGGAUAUUUGUAUCAUGUGGUAUGCUCUUACUUGUUAGUAUUCAAAAUACUGUCGUUAUUUAUCGAAUUAUUUAUAUGGCAUUUUAUUUAUUUUUUAUUCUUUCAUUUCAAAUUUCAUUUCGAUUUUGGCGAAGAACAGCAGCAACAUUUCAUUUAAUAAUAGUUAUUUAUUCAAUGUUAGUUUUAAUUGGAAUAUAUAUCUAUCAAUUUGAAAAAGUAAAUGUAUUUUUAUCAGAAAGACUUAGUAAACAAUUACUUGCAUCAAUUGGACUUGAAGUUGUACCAUCUGAUGUUUUAGCAGUUAAAUUACUUACACCAAGUACAUUUCUAGCUGUUAAUAUAAUGCAACUGUAUUAUUUUCAUUCUGGUUGGAUGAAUUUAAUUACAAUGCCAAAAAAAAUGAAGUACAUGUGUCAUUCUUUUCUAGACUAUCCAUGGACAAAUAUUAAAAUUGAUGGAUGGCUUCAAUUGAAACGUUGGUUAUUUUUACCAGAUUAUACAAAUCCUCCAUUAGCAACACAAUUAAUUGCUGAUUUCUUCCAACUUUUAUUUGCUUGUCAACAAUGGCGUGUAUUUAAAUAUGAAACGAAUGAAAAAGAUCAUAUUUAUAUUCAAGCAGGUGAAUCAAAUCGUGAAAUAAUUUAUGACAAUGAUGUUUAUAAAGAUAAUCCAACACGAGAUUUUGUUACGAAGAGACGAAAUUGGUUUGAUCAAAUAAAAUAUGUUAUAUUCAUGUAUAGUGCAUGGUGUGUUCUAUCAAUAGUUUAUUUAGCUGGAACAACUCGAAUUAGUUUACUUGGUCUUGGUUAUCUUAUAGCAUGUUUUUAUUUCUUUUGGUAUGGACAAGAUUUUUUAACCAAACAUGUUACAGUUAUGGUUCGAAUAUGGACUUAUUUAAUUUAUUACUGUUUUGCGGUUAUAUUUAUUAAAGCAUGUCUACAAAUAGUUGCUUGUAUUGAUAUUUUAUCAAUUGGAUGCGUUAUACAGCAAAUCUUUUCGGUCGCUUGUAUAACAUCAGACAGUUCAAGUAGUUCUUGUUAA